ACUGAUAAAUUUCAGGUGAAAGUAGGAUUGCAUCAAGGCUCGGUGCUUAGUCCUUAUUUAUUCUCAUUAGUUUUGGACCAGAUAACAGCGAAACUACAGGGUAGUAUUCCAUGGUGCCUAAUGUAUGCUGAUGAUGUAGUGUUAAUAGGAAAUAGUGAAAGAGACUUAGAACAAAAACUGGAACAGUGGAGACAAGCUCUGGAGGAAAAAGGUUUAAAACUUAGUAGGACAAAAACAGAGUAUUUGGAAUGUUCAUUUAAAGAUGGAGUUACUACAAAUAAAAUGGUAUCUUUGGAUGGUGAAAUGAUUGUGAAAAGCAAUAGUUUUAAGUACCUAGGAUCGGUAUUACAGAGUAAGUAAUGGAGAAAUAGAUGGAGAUGCAUGCAGUAGAAUUAGGGCUGGAUGGAUGAAGUGGAAAGAAGCGAGUGGUGUGUUGUGUGACAGAAAAAUUCCAAUGAAGCUGAAGGGAAAAUUCUAUAAAACAGCCAUAAGACCAGCUAUGAUGUACGGAACUGAAUGUUGGGCAGUGAAAAAGAAAGAGGAACAGCGAAUGCAUGUGGCGGAAAUGAGAAUGCUUAGAUGGAUGAGUGGAGUGACAAAGAAGGAUAAAAUUAGAAAUGAGUAUAUUAGGGGAAGUCUAGGUGUGGCACCAAUUGAUGCCAAAAUGAGAGAGCAUAGGUUAAGAUGGUUUGGUCAUGUUCAACGUCGAGACGUUAACCACCCAAUACGAAGAAUAGCUGAAGUGCAGAUUUCUGGAAGGAGUAGGAGAGGAAGACCAAAGAAGACCUGGGGGGAGACGAUAAGGCAGGACAUGUUGGUAAAGGGGAUUAACAUUGAUAUGGCCCAAGAUAGAAUUGUGCGGAGAAAUGCAAUUAGGGAAGCCGACCCCGCAUAGGGAUAAGGCAAAGAGAAUGAUGAAUGAUGAUGACCCUAUUUUAUUAUAUCUCCCUUUAAUUUUUCCCUGCUCUGUCUAAUUUUUCCUUUUUACAAUUUUCUGAAACCUUUCUCUAUUUCACGCUGCUGCGUGAAAUUCUUCUACUGUGGAACCACAUCAUUGUCUAAUAUUACGUAGCCAUGAAGGUUUCUUUCCACCAAUCCAUUUCUUUCCCUCCACUUUUCCUUGUAUUAUAAAGUGAAGCAGAUGGAAUUUAGGUUCUCGAAUUAUAUGGCCAAAGUAUUCUCUUUUUCUCCUAUUUAUGAUGCUUAUGAGCAGACAUUCUGAAUUCAUCAAUUGAUUUUUCCUUACUCUGUCCAAUUUUUCCCCACCCUCUACAAUUUUUUCUGACUCCCUUUAAUUUUUCCUGGCUUCUCCUCGUCCUGAUUGUGUCUGCCUUUUUUUGUCUUCCUGCAGUCACUGUUUCAAUAAUCCUCUAGUCCUGUCGUUUGGUGUUCUUGCCACAUGACCUGUCCAUCUACAUUUCUUUUUUGCUAAAUGUUAGGUCUUUGAUUUUGUUCUUUGUCUGAUGGUAUUAUUUGGUAUCCUUCCUCUCCUUGUGAUUCCUAGCAUGGCUCUCUCCAUGGCCCUCUGGGUCACUCUUAGAUUUUUUGCUGGCUUUUUCUUUAAUGUUAGCGUCUCUGCUUUGUAUGUUAUCACUGGCAAUACACUUUUCUCUUCAGACACAUGGGCAUAUCAUUUCGAAAUAUCUCAUGUAGCUUACCAAACACAGCUCAGCCCUAACCUAUUCU